AAAAGAAUUAUAGAAAAUCUAUAAAGUCCUAAAUUCAGUGUUUUUUUUCCUCUUGCUGAAGAGAAAGCAAAACAAAUGUCUGAUUUUUGUUUUUCUGUAAUUGAAAAGACUGACCUGUGGAUUUGAGAGGUUGCUGAUUUAAAGAAGUGAUGUGGAAGAUAAAUACUUGCUGGAAGAAAUGCUGGCAACUUCAAAGCAAAAUGAAGGUCUUUCUAUUGCUUUCAGUCAUUGGGUUCUGCUGGGCUCAGUAUGCCCCAAAUACCAAACCUGGACGGACAACUAUUGUCCAUCUGUUUGAGUGGCGCUGGAUUGACAUUGCUCUUGAAUGUGAGCGAUACUUAGCUCCAAAAGGAUUUGGAGGGGUUCAGAUCUCUCCACCCAAUGAAAAUGUUGUGAUUAAUAACCCUUCAAGACCUUGGUGGGAAAGAUACCAACCAGUUAGCUACAAGUUAUGCACAAGAUCAGGAAAUGAAUAUGAAUUCAAAGACAUGGUGACUAGAUGUAACAAUGUUGGUGUCCAUAUUUAUGUGGAUGCUGUAAUUAAUCAUAUGUGUGGGAAUGGUGUGGGUGCAGGAACGAGCAGUACUUGUGGAAGUUACUUCAACCCUGGAUAUAGAGAUUUUCCAGCAGUCCCAUUCUCUGGUUGGGAUUUUAAUGAUGGUAAAUGUAAAACUGGAAGUGGAGAUAUUGAGAGCUAUAAUGAUCCCUAUCAGGUCAGAGAUUGUCGUCUGGUUGGUCUUCUUGAUCUUGCACUGGAGAAAGAUUAUGUGCGUUCCACAAUCGCUGAAUAUCUGAACCGCCUCAUUGACAUUGGUGUAGCAGGGUUCAGAAUUGAUGCUUCUAAGCACAUGUGGCCUGGAGACAUGAAGGCAAUUUUGGAUAAGCUGCAUAAUCUAAAUACAAAGUGGUUCUCUGAAGGAAGUAAACCUUUCAUUUACCAGGAGGUAAUUGAUCUGGGUGGUGAGCCAAUUAAAAGUAAGGAGUACUUUGGAAAUGGCCGUGUGACAGAAUUCAAGUAUGGUGCAAAACUAGGCACAGUUCUACGCAAGUGGAAUGGAGAGAAGAUGGCUUACUUAAAGAACUGGGGAGAAGGAUGGGGUUUUAUGCCUUCUGACAGAGCACUUGUCUUUGUUGAUAACCAUGACAAUCAGCGAGGACAUGGAGCUGGAGGAGCAUCUAUUCUUACAUUCUGGGACUCUAGACUGUACAAAAUGGGAGUUGGAUUUAUGCUUGCUCAUCCAUAUGGAUUUACACGAGUAAUGUCAAGCUUCCGUUGGCCAAGGUACUUUGAAAAUGGAAAAGAUGUUAAUGAUUGGAUUGGGCCACCAAAUAAUAAUGGGGUAAUUAAAGAAGUUACUAUUAAUCCAGACACUACUUGUGGUAAUGAUUGGGUCUGUGAACAUCGAUGGCGUCAAAUAAGGAACAUGGUUAUGUUCCGUAAUAUAGUUGAUGGCCAACCUUUUACAAACUGGUGGGAUAAUGGUAGCAACCAAGUAGCUUUUGGAAGAGGAAACAGAGGAUUCAUUGUCUUUAACAAUGACGACUGGUCAUUAUCUUUAACUUUGCAAACUGGUCUUCCUGCUGGCACAUAUUGUGAUGUUAUUUCUGGAGAUAAAAUUGAUGGCAAUUGUACAGGAAUUAAAAUCUAUGUUUCUGGGGAUGGAAAUGCUCAUUUUUCUAUUAGUAAUUCUGCUGAAGAUCCAUUUAUUGCAAUUCAUGCUGAAUCUAAAUUAUAAAACUUGAAAUAAAUAAGUACACAUACUCAGAGAAA